GAAUAUUAAGGUGAGUUGUGGCUAUCGGUGCCAGCACAUGCAAACACAGAGUAAAGAGUCAGCAAUAUAGGCCCCUUUCCUUUUUCUCUCUCUAGUAGGAGAGAUAAAGUUUGUAUGUUUGAUGAAUUAGGACGUCACUUUUCAAUCUCUUUACAUACUGCCCACUUUCUACUCCUCUUCCUUCCGAAGCCACCCCUUCUCUUCUCUCUCUCUCUACAACUCUCUCUCAACUCAUCGCUCACUCAUGGCAACUGAAAAGGUCACUCUAAUGAUACUAACGGCUGAUCUCCAAUGUCCCAGCUGCUACAAGAAGAUCAGAAAAACUCUUUGUAAAUUUCCCCAAAUUCGAGACCAAGUGUAUGAUGAGAAGAAGAACGAAGUGAAAGUGACGGUGGUGUGCUGUAGCCCGGAAAAGAUUCGUGACAAAUUGUGCUGCAAGGGUGGCAAAUCCAUCAAAACCAUCAAGAUUGUAGAGCUCAAGCCCGCCGAUAAGCCCAAAGAGCCCGAAAUGCACAAACCCGCUCCCAAACCCGAGAAGCCCAAGGAGCAUCCGAAAGGGCCCGAAAAGCCUAAAGGCGACGACAAGCCGAAAGCUGCAGGCCCGCCGGCCGAAAAGCCCAAAGGCGACGACAAGCCGAAAGCUGCAGGCCCGCCGGCCGAAAAGCCCAAAGGCGACGAUAAGCCGAAAGCAGCAGCCCCUCCGGCCGAGAAGCCCAAGGAGGCUCCAAAGCCCGAAUCGGCCGCGAUGCCGCCGGCAGCUAUGCAGAUGUUGGGGCCCGGCCCGGCCCUAGUGCAUGGUGUUCCGUCGGUUUUCCCCUACUCCGGGCCGAGCCACGAUGCUUAUCCGCCCGGCCCGUAUUACCACGGCUACGGAUUUCCCCCGCCUUCACAGCCAAUAUAUGAUGGAUAUUACGGGCAUGGGCAUGGGCAUGGGCAUGGAUGCGGGUAUGGAUACGGGUAUGGUGGAAUAGCUCAACAUGCCCAUGUGAAUAGAGAUAACUACUUUAGUGAUGAAAACCCUCAAACUUGCACUAUCAUGUAAUGGCGUAAUUAAAUGCUAUUCUGGUAUCACACGUUGCGUUUCAUUUUUGUUAAAUCAUAUAAAUGAAUAUGAUUAAAAGCAAAAACCAAGGUUAUAGAAAAAGAAUAAGAUUAAUGUAGUUGUCGGUGGGCAAUAUGGUUGUACUUAAAAGUCGAGAGUAUAAAUUUUGUUACUUUUCCUUUUUGUAUUAAUAAAAAGUUGUCAUUAAUGAUUAAUGACUUUUUGUCA